AUGUGUGGGAUUGCAGGCCUCAUUUCCCCAAAGACUGACGCGGCUGCGCUGCUGCGGCUGGUCACCAGCAGCUGGAUGAGCCUCUUCCUCAUCUUUGUGCCCCUGGGGCUCUGCGCAAAAAUCUUCCACUGGGGACCAGUUGCCAUCUUCGUUUUGAAUUUCAUCGCGUUGGUGCCCCUGGCGCUGGUGCUGGGGGAGGUGACGGAGGAUCUGGCGCUGCGCUUUGGUGACAUCAUCGGUGGCCUCCUCAACGCCACUUUUGGCAACGUGGUCGAGCUCAUCCUCUCCAUCGCGGCCCUCUCCAAGGGGCUCUACACCGUCGUCGCUAUGUCCCUCGUCGGCUCCAUCCUCUCCAAUCUGCUCCUGGUUCUCGGCUUCUGCUUCCUGUGCGGGGGCUCAAAGUACAAGCAGCAGAGCUUCAACAUGAUGGUGAACAAGGCGUGCUGCAGCCUGCUCUUCAUCGCCAGCGUGGCCAUCGUCAUCCCCACCUCCGCGCUCUCCUUCUUUGGGCCCCAGCGCGUCGACGACACCACCCUGCGCAACCUCUCCCACUCCAUCGCCAUCCUCCUUAUCCUCCUGUACCUGUGCUACCUGCUGUUCCAGCUGAAGACGCACAGCUCCUUCUUCAGCGAGAGCGAGGGCGAUGGCGAGCCCGCACUGUCCCUUGUCGCCGCAUUGGGGGCCCUGGCCGGCAUCACUUGCAUUGUUGCCGUCUGCUCAGAGUUUUUGACGGGGGCUCUGGAGGAGGUGGCGGACAAGAGCGGGCUGGGGCAGGCCUUCCUGGGGCUCAUAGUGCUGCCCAUAGCCGGCAACGCAUGCGAGCACAUCACCGCAGUGUUCGUGGCCGUCAAGGACAAGAUGGACCUGGCCAUCGGCGUCGCCCUUGGCUCCUCCAUCCAGAUUGCGAUAUUUGUGCUGCCGGUGAUGGUGCUGGUGGGCUGGGCCAUCAACCGCCCCUUCCUCCUGGACAUCGAGCCCUUUGCCGCGCUCGUCCUCACCCUCUCAGUCAUCCACACCUACUUCGUCUCCUCCGACGGCAACUCCAACUGGUUGAUGGGAGUCCAGCUGGUUGCCACAUACCUCCUCAUAGCGCUGCUGUACCUUUUCAUGCGUGAUGAGGAGAAACCCAGCCAGAGCAUGCUGGUACCGUCAACAACGAUGCUGUUGUAG